AUGUCGUGGCCGGGAGCUAGUGCACCGCGAGCAUUGAAAGCGUCUGACAUGAUGCCCAUUUGUAAUUCCGAGUCUUGGGCAUCACAAUCACAGCCACAACUUCAGAUCAAGGUUCCGCGAGUCCGACCAACGGAACGGGCAGCCAAUGGCAGUCCCGGCCCCAAGACGCCCGGUUCGGCACGUCGCGGGUGUCGCUUUCCUAGUCUGGAUGAAGCCCACCGCAACAUAACCGGAAGGUCCCAUACAUCUACUUCGACAGCAUCGAAUCGAUUCGCGUCCAAUGACAGCAGCAUCGAGGCCGAGACUGCCACCAGCAGUUGGCAACCGGCCCACCCUAGCAAGACGUCUGCUACUUUACACUGCAUAUCCGACGACCAAGCUCUCUUGAGCCCUGAUGCAAUCCCCCUUUACCGUUUGAGUCCCAUCAAGGAAACUACACCCGACAGUCUCAAUAAUGCCCGAAAGAUUUCAAAGCGCGAGCCGGCCCUGUACAACCACGAGGAGACCGCAGUUGCCCACUCUGCCCGCAGCAAUCCCGAGGAUCCAUUUGUUGUCUCAGAGGAUUCCAGCCCAGUACCCAUGCCGAAGCACAGAAACAUCAAUUCGUCGGGUACUGUGUCCGAACUCCAGUCUAAUACUACUGUAGACCACCUUUACGACCAGGGUCGCUCUGCUGCAUCUGACCAGGGAACAUCCUCCAGUCGUGGUGUAGAUGCCACCCUCGACACUACCCCUUUCCGCGGAGCUCCUCGUAGCUCCUCUCUCAACAGACUGAGUCCCGCAAACCUCAGCGCGCUGCGGUCAGGUGCCGGCGCUCGCUGUGGCUUCAGGCCCGACGAUGUCAUUCACAGCCCAGGCAUUAGCCGAACUGAUACAGCGCGCUUCACUCAUGAGGAGUACCAAGGCAGCGACGGUUCCUCGGUCGCCAACAAAGAUCCCCUGUGGUCCGACACAGCAACCUCCAACGACGACAGGCCCUUGUUCUCGCUUCCGCUCAUUCCUACACUCGCGUUCUUCGAUGCACCAAUCGGGAAAUCGACACACUCAGCCCGCGGUCAUCCAAUGUCCUGCGGACUGUCAUUCUCGACACUCUCUGACUCACAGGUCCUUCUCAACAGUGACCCUGGCAGCAAUGGCGGCCUCAUACCUCCUCCGCUCGCCCUGUCGACACGUACGAGGCCCGCUGAGAUUCCCCGUGCGCACCUCAGCGUCGGAGAAUUUUCUAUGGGCGCGACCACAGAAUCUGACGACGAUCCUUUUAAGUACGACAAGAUUACUUAUGGUGUCUUUCUCCUGGAUAAGAGGGAGAGGGAAGUUAGUGCCAGGCUUCAGCGCCAAAGCUCAUCGAGCAAACACAGCAGAACUCCAAGCUGCAGUCCAUUAAAGUCGCUUUACAAGAAAUUUACGCUACCUUCUCCUAUCCCUGAGCACCCGUCGGCGGAGGUUGAUAGUUCUGCCAGGAUCGACCGCGACCAGCUCGCUGCAUUGCGGUUUCUGCACCCCGAUGCUAUCAAAUCCUCGUGGGAGGUGGACCAGAGUCAAGGCGCCACGGUCAGGGUGCCUGUGCCCCUCCAGACGGACGCUUUGUGCCAACCCGGCACCGCAACUACAACUAAGCAAUCUUCAGAAGUCAAAAAAAUUCAGUGUCUACUCGCGAGAGAGCCUUUGAACGAUAGGGAUGAGUGGGAAACAGUAAGGACAUUCCAGGUUGUCAAUGACAGUAGCCCACCCUACCCUCCUCUGAAGCCAUCCCCCAGGGUUAUUUACGGUGCGUCCGUCAAAUCUACUGGCAGCAGCGUCGCAUAUGUAUCAGACGAUGAUAUCAGUCUGUAUGAUGCUCAGGUUGACGAGUGUGGCUCCAAGGAACGCAUCAUUCAGCACCCGUCAAAUCAACUCGACAGCCAGCCGUUCAAAGUCAGACAUCUCAAAGACUCGAACAUACCUGUUUUUAUACCGAAGCAGCGCGUUCACAGGGUCAACGGGCUUGCGCAGAACUCCAUACGGCUUCUGCAGGAGUCAACCGGACUGGGCAAAGGGGGAAAGCCUGCAGAUUCGAGCCGGACUGGUAAGAUUGUCAACCCUUUCAGCGCCCUAAACAAGAAGUACAAAGACAAGUUGUUACCGGUCCCGCCUCGGGUGACCGCCGGGACUUCGCGUUUCGAGUUCCGAGACUCGGUGUGUAGCAGUCAUCAGGAGAACCCUUUCGAUGGAAACCAGUUUGGUGAACAGAGUGUACAUCGUGACAGCAACGCUCAUGAAGACCAUGGUGAUUGUGUCGCGAACCAUCACGAUAGCCAGGCUUACACAGAUUAUGAUAUGUCGACAUUGUCUGCGCUGUCGAAUGGGUCUCACAGUUUCGCUUUUCCACUCAUACCGCUGCCCGAAGCGGCAAGACUGCAGGCCAUAAGGCGCGAGAGCGGGUUUGAUGAUCAGACCUUCGCCGGCAAUCAAGGGCGGGAGCGCAAAAAGAGUUUUGCAUCGCUGGGGAAAAAUAAAGGAAGCACUUUGGUCAGGUCAAACCUGCCUCGUCUUCCGCAAACUGUGCACAGGCGAACCCCGACGCCUCUGUUCUCGUCGGUGGUGAAUGAUAAGAAUCAACACCCGGCCCUGCGUUUCGAUGGCCCUGCGACCUCUCCGAUUAGCUCCAAGAUUGAUUCACCGCCUGAUCACCGAUCACGCGGCUCCCAUUUCUGCGACAAUAGCACUGCAACCUUUGGUGCCUCCCCUCUCAAAAAUCGGAUGGCUGGGAUGUGGCCGUCACGACGAUCCGAGAUCCCACAUCUGUACCCCUGGGACGAGCGCCGGCCGGAUAAAGCAGCGUAG